AGCGGAGCGGCUCACGAGGAUGGCGGCGGAGAGGAAGAAGUAACCGAGCCCGAGUUUGGAGGAAAACACCACGGAGGAGCCGCGCGAAGUUACACCCGCCUAAAGCAAAAUUCUCCCGUAAGAAGGGCAUCUGCCUCACUCUCUCCGGCUGCCAGCAUGAUGAAGGACUGCCUGCAGUUCCUUAUCGAGCCGGCCAAAAAGCUCAAGAUCCGACUAAAGGAGUCUCGUAAGCGAGUGAAACUUGAGAAGAAGGAGCCGCUGGUGGAGAGUCAGUUAUUUAUUAUGGAACUGGCCCGAGAACUCAACAAAAUAUGUCAGAGGUCAAGCGUCCUUGGCCACAUCUGGACCAGCGAAGACAUCUGGCCGCCAAGUGUGUGUCGGGAUUUCAUUGUGGAAUGGGCUGCUGUGUUGGAGAAGCGAGUACAGCCGAGGAUCAUCCCGUCUGACUACCAGUACGAGAAACCAGAGAAGAAGGACUGGAAGGGACACCUCCUGUGCAUGCUGGAGGCAGGGGGGGAGUUGGACAUGGGCCCCCACAAAAGAGUCAUCAUGGACUGGACGAGGGAGAUUAAAAGCAGACCUCAGCCCACCGUCUGGCCCGGCGAGCCUGUGCUCAUGAUGCUCGACGACCUGGAGUUCCAGUGGAAGAAGGGUCGUCUGCCCAACCUGCUCCCCGCCAUGGAGCUCGUCUUUCUGGCCGUGCUGAACGCAGACAGCCCCGUCAAGGAGGAUGUGACAAAGCAGUGGCUGGUGAGAAAGCAGAGGAUUCAGAAGACUGACGCUGCCCGCUACAUCCCCCACAGCGUGUGGAAUUGGAUUUGCGAUGCUGCAGAGGAAGUGACUCUGGACUCCGACUCAGCCAACCCUGACCUGCUCAUCUCCAGUGAUGAAAAGCGCAUGCGUUGCGGCGUGGAGCGUCGGGAGGUCCCGCGGUGUCAGCGACGCUUCGACGGCUGGUGGUGCGCCGUGGGCCAGGAGGGCUACGCCGGCGGACGCCACUACUGGGAGGUGGAGGUGGGCGAGCGGGACUGGCGGCUCGGUGUGGUCAAGGCAUCCGCGGUGAGGCAGGGCUUCCGCUCACUCACCACAGAUACAGGCUACCUGACCCUCCGUCUGGAGAGGGGCGCAGAUCUGAAGGCCCUGACGGUGCCCACCACCCCGUUGUCACAGAGCGUGGUGCCCAGGAAAGUCGGGGUGUACCUGGACUUUGAGCAUGGCCAGCUGUCUUUCUACGACGUGGAGAAGCGCUCCCACCUGUACACCUACAACGAGAAGUUCACAGAGGAACUGUACCCAGUGUUUGGGACUGUGGAGGUGGUCAAAGACCUGGUUAUAAGGCCUGCAGAUAUCAGACAGCCGUGCCUCUGCCCCGGGCCCUGCCUCUGGAACUAAACUGCUUAACACACCAUCAAACACUGCACAGUCCUGAUCCUCAAGCAAACCACAGAGUCUGUGCUUUUAUUCUGGUCCGUUAUUUAGUGAGUUUGAAUCUUGUGUGCUGUUUCUGGACUAAAAGUUGGACUCUAUGUGCGGGUUUUGCCUUGUGAGGUCAGGAACACCAUCAUUCUGCAUUACACUUUGUGUUACUCUGCCUUCAUGGAGACAUACAGCGUUUGAUUGUUUGUAUUGUACAGAUAAAUAUUUUAAAGCUGUCGAGUCCAAACCUCAAAAGCAGCCUUGUUUUUAGCUGAAUGAAAAUGUUUUAUUCGCACUCAAAUACGCACUUGUCAAAUACAGUUUUCAUAGAGUUUAGAAAUCCAAGAAAAAGCCUGCGAAGAACCGUAUUCUUUCGUUUGAAGUCGAAACAUUAAAAACAACCUAACUGGAAUAUUUGGAAAUGUUUUUUAUUUGAAUUAACAUUUUUUUUUAUUACUUGAUGAUGAAAAAACAAGAACACACUUCACAAAUGUUCUAAAAGCAUGACGGCGGGAUGUGCAACCAGCUUCUGGAGCUUCGGUGCAGCUGAUGAGAGCUCGCUCACAUGCACAGGCAGAUAAUCACAGACUGGGUUGACGCAUGUGAAGAGUUAAUUCUCUGUUGUCUGUUUGCUUCUUUGUCUCGAGCUUCCUGCAAACAUUUGUCAGGCAUGAGCUUGUUUUUGCAGCUGUGUUUUUGUCAGUGUGCAAUAUUGAAAUAUGGAUGCUUUUUUUCCCCUCCCAAACAUCAAUAAAUGAACUGUACACACUCCAUCUGGUCUUCAGUGCUCACACAGAAAUCGAACACAGAUUUAUUUAUUUCAAACCUUUAUUAAGUGCAAUAGAACUGAAAAAAAAAGACGAUGCAAAAAAGCAAGUGUUACAUCAAACGAUAUGCUCAGAAGUACAUGAAUGAAGUAAAGUGUGUUUUUGGUGAAAAGUUCAUCCAUCUGAUAAAAAGAUCCUCUCAAAGUAUGUUUUAUUAAAGCAACAACAUGAGGAGCCAGAAUACAGUAGGACUUGCAUUGAAGCAAAUACAAUCUUUCCGUCUUUACAUACCACUUAUCUAAAAUAAGGAAAUCUCCUGGUUUGAAUAUUAAUUACUCAAAAUGCUAUGGCCUUGCAGAGUAAGGAAACAUGACAACUUGAAGCAGUGUAUACAACAUAUCUGUAUAAAACAUUUCAGAAUUUUUCAUCAUUUGUCUGUACUGUAGAAUCAUGCCCCGUGCUUGUCAGUAGGAAAUACGCAUAGAAAUGAGCAACACAAGCACCACUGUGUCUGUGGAAAUACCUCUAUACUUGGCAUUAAAUUUAAUGUCAGUCUGCUUUAAGUAAAAAUCUUAAAAAGUAUUAAAUAUGCUUAGAAAAAAAACUUUAUCACACUUUAAUAUAAUACAAACCUAUGAACAAAAGUCCCAAAUACACCACCUUUAUACUCACUCAAAAAAAGGCCACAUGGGGGAAAAUUAUGCAAAAAGACAGAAGGAGAGAUGAAAUUUGGUGGGUUUAAGAUGAAAUAGUCUCACACACACACACACACACACACACACACAC